GCCGACGCAGGUCGCUUCAGUCAGUCCAAGACUUUAAGCGCACCAAGUCGCCAGCCGCUCCACUCGAGAAACUCGAAACGAUCCGGGGAUCGCAUAUAUAGUAAAUAUUACGAAAUAUUACUUAACAUUCGGCGGCCAUGAAUCUGCGGUACAUCUGCACUGUGACUCUUCUGCCGACGCUCUGCGUGCUGCUGCUGCUCCUGCUGGAAUUCGUGGAGGAGGGCCUGGCCCAGAAUUCCGAUCCACUUUUCGAGCUUCCCGUUCAGCUUGUUGGAUUCCCCGUGAUCGUGCUCUCCGUCCGGCUCUCCCAGUUCGCCAAGAAGCUGGCCUACUCCCUCAGUCCCAGUACGUACAGAUCCCGCAGCAGAAGGGACACCACUCACCCACUAGCUCUUGAUGCUGAGCUGGCCCAGAAACAGAUUCUGGCUGAGUUUGGACCCCAGGCCUGCAUCCUGGAGGAGCCAUGCCGCGUCCACGCCUCCAAGCAUUUGGGAAGUAGUGAACGGAGAUUGCCGGGCGAUGGAAAGUCAAAACCACAUGCCGCCUGGUCGGAGGUUUUGAGGAACUACAAAGUGCAAUCGGGCGUCAGUGGGAUGAAACAAUGGUAUCUGCUAUCCCUGUUCAUCGGCGAUGCUGUGCGGGAUGUGCCGCUCUGCAAGCAUCUGGCCAAAAGGAUGCCCUGUCCAGGCGUCGGACCUCUGCCGCCACCCCAACCACGGUGAAGAUCUGGUCGGUUCCACCACCUCUCGGGGGGGAUUUCGUACUAAAGAAGAAGGAGGAGAGCAUCCGGAUGGAGUCCCCUUAGUCAGUCACAUUGGACAUCUUUGUUAAUCAUCCAUCUUUCGGCACUCGCACCCAGCAUCCAUGUGCUGUCCUCGAACACCCCAUCAUAUUGUUGUACUUUUAGUUGCUUUUAAGGGUUUUAAUUUAAACGAACGCGCCCCUGCCAACGGACGUAGGCGCUUAGAUUUAUGUGUAAGCAAAUAAAUAAACAAACCAGCUGGAAAAAA